UGAACGGCAUUCUGCGCAAUACAUUGUGGGAUACACUGUCAUGGCGGCGCCCUUACCACAGAAAUGACAUCUGACUUCAGAUAUUAUUUGCUUAAGUUGAUUUUAUUUUCACACCUCUGCUUUCAAAGUCUGUAUACUGAAUGAAUUCAGCGGUGCCUGUGUUGAGUGCAUUUCCUCUUAUUUACUUAAUUUUUCUUUUUAAAUGAGAAAAUCUGCAAUGAAGCGGAUAGCAGGCUUGAUUGGCAGGACUGCAGUGUCCUGUUGGCAUCAUGGGAGCCCACAUUUUCCCCCUCUACCUGCACGGGCUCCUGGACCUCCUUACACCUCUCCACAGAUCCGACACCUGGCUGCAAAACAGAAUAAGGGCCAGUUCAAAGGUCAGAAGAUCAAAUCCAAGCCAUUCAAACUAGAGAAACAACAGAAGCAGGAGGUGGAGAUCAAGCAGAGGAUGACUGUGUCAGAACUCGCCAAGGCCAUGAAUAAAGACAUUGAUCACGUCUAUGAGGCCCUGCUCAACACAGAUGUCGUUUUGGACGAGAUGGAGCCCGACACAGUGCUGGAGGAGACAUGGAUCAAAGAAGCAGUAAAGAGAUCGGGGAUGAAACACAAAUGGGCCAAACUCGUAGAAACCAAAGUCCGAGAAAACAAAGACAUCCAAAGACAACCUGCCCCAGAUCCCGCUCAGUUAGUUCCUCGGGCUCCAGUGGUGACCAUCAUGGGUCAUGUAGACCACGGGAAGACCACCCUGCUGGACAGUCUGAGGAAGAGUCAGAUUGCUGCUCAGGAGGCGGGGGGAAUCACGCAACACAUCGGAGCGUUUCGGGUUGAGCUGCCCUCAGGUGAGAAGAUCACUUUUCUGGACACACCCGGUCAUGCAGCGUUUUCUGCCAUGCGUGCGCGUGGAGCCAUGGUCACUGAUAUAGUCAUCCUGGUGGUAGCAGCUGAUGACGGUGUGAUGAAUCAGACUAUUGAGUCCAUACAGCAUGCCAAAAAAGCCAAAGUGCCGAUUAUCGUUGCUGUGAAUAAAUGUGAUAAACCUCAUGCCGACCCCCAACGCGUGAAAGAGGAGCUUGUAGGCCAUGAUGUCAUCUGUGAGGAGUUUGGUGGGGAAAUACAGGCCAUCCAUGUGUCUGCAUUAAAGGGGGAUCAUUUAGUAGAGCUGGCAGAAGCCACGGUGACGCUGGCAGAGGUCCUGGAGCUGAAGGGCGACCCCACAGGCCUGGUGGAGGGAACGGUCAUCGAGAGCCGCUCAGACAAAGGCAAAGGGCCGGUGACCACAGCCAUCAUCCAGCGCGGCACUCUGAGGAAGGGCUGUACGCUGGUGGCAGGAACGUGCUGGGCUAAAGUGCGCUUCAUGUUUGAUGAGUAUAAUCAGGCCAUGAGUGAGGCCGGACCCAGCAUCCCGGUGGAGAUCGUGGGCUGGAAGGAUCUUCCCUCUGCUGGCGAGGAGAUCCUGGAGGUGGAAUCAGAGCAAAGGGCCCGUGAGGUGGUGGAGUGGCGCAGCUACAUGGAAGAGCAGGACAAGAUGAAAGAAGACCAGCGGGCCAUCGAAGCCAAGCAGAAGCAGCAUCAGGAGAGCUAUAAGAAGGACAGGGAGAGCAUGGCCCAUCUCUCCUGGAGACAGAGGAGGGCAGCCCUGUACCGGGCCAACAAACACAAACUCUCCCACAGGCUCAGUGAGAAAACUGAGAUAGAGGAACUCACACUGCCCAUCAUCGUCAAAGGUGAUGUGGACGGCUCAGUGGAGGCGAUUUUGAACAUCCUGGAAAGUUACGAUGCUGAUGAUCAGUGUGAGCUGGAUGUGGUACAUUUUGGAGUGGGCGACAUCUCAGAAAGAGACAUUAACUUGGCAGAGACGUUCUCAGGAACCAUAUAUGGGUUCAAUGUCGCGGCAAAUAAAUCGAUUCAGCAGAUGGCUGCAAAGAAGGGCAUUCCCUUAAGAUUACACAGAGUCAUCUACAAACUCAUAGAUGAACUCAAAGACGAGCUGAGCAGCAAACUGACCCCGAGCACAGAGGAAAAUAUCAUCGGUGAGGCCUCGGUUCUGGCCACGUUUGAUGUGACGGUUGGGAAAAAGAAGAUCCCAGUGGCUGGCUGUCGAGUUCAGAAGGGCCAGCUGGACAAAAAGAUGAAAUUCAGACUUGUUCGAGGGAGAAACAUUCUUUGGGAAGGAUCCGUGACUGCUCUGAAACAUCUGAAGGAUGAUGUUCUGACAGUAAAGACAGGCAUGGAAUGUGGUCUCUCUCUAGAUAACGAAGAACUUGAAUACAAACCUGGGGAUGAAAUUAUUUGUUACAGUGAAUCUGAGAUCAAACAGAAAAUUUCUUGGGAUCCGGGAUUUUAAGGGACUGCAUUUGGAUCAGUAUACUAUGAUGUGUAGUUUGCAUGCACCUGCAGUAGCUACAACAAAGCUAGCUGAAGCAAACCUACACCGUCAUCAACAGAUAAUAAUAAUAAUAAUUAAAAAAGAAAAAAAGUAAAAUUUGAUUGUCUUCAUUUUGACUCUAGAUAUCAGGACUGAACUAAGUGUACAUAAUGUAUCUUGUAAUGUAAAUAAAAAUGAAGA